AUGGAUGAAAGUAUCUCCUCUAAUGUGGCAGAUGCAGGGGAAGUUAAAGAAAACGAAACGAAGAAAGAGCGACCCACAAGCCUCGACUUAGAUAAAUGCGACGCAGGCAAUGACGAGGAGGUUAAAAUUCAAGACGGCAAGAAAUCAUCUACCACAAGGUUACCUGCACAGAUCUAAAAUCAAGUGUUAGCGCUCUUUGGGUCAAACAGGAUUAGUACAGAGACCUCUUUCGCCGCCUUUUAAUUUGUGCUGUAUAUUUUCUUAUUUAAAUUAGAAAACCGAAAGAGUUCUCCUCCUCCCAAGAGGAUUUGCUGGAAAGGUUAGUAAAUUUUCAGUGUGGGGUUAAUUAACAGUGAGAAUAAUAGAAACGUCUAGCUCUUCAUAACAACAUUUAUGAACAUAUUUCUUGAUUUUUGCGUUUCUAAAUAUAUCGUAUGUAUGAUUUAACUAUUUUUUGCAAUUUUCAUGAAAUCAUUCAAUGCAAAACGGGAGCUUGUUCUCUGACACUGCAGUUCCGUCUAAUUGCUACAAUUUUUGAAUAUCUCAGACCCUUAUUUAAUUUGAUUGAUAUUCGAAAUCCAAAUUACAAUGCAGUUUAAGAUUGAAAUCUUAUGAAUGUUUAUAUUUAAAUUUCACACAAAUGCUGCUUUGGUUUGAUAACAUCAAUACGUACGGGUGAGAACGCAUGUACCAAUCUUCUUAGUGCAUUUACGGUGAGAGGAUUUCUGAGAGGAAAAUUAUAAUUACAAAUUGCUGUUUUAAAAACAGAUGUUUCAGGUUGUCAGAUCUUAUUAUUAUCCGUUUUUGGCUGCUUAAAACCGUUGCAGAUUAAGUCCUCAUUUAAAACAUGGCAUGGAAAUCGAAAAAACAGAAAAAUGAAGCUUUGAACUCCUUUUCCUGGCCCAAAGACUUCAGGAUUUGCAUCAGUUACACUUUCACUAUUAAUGUUCAGCUGAGUGUUUUUCCCCACAGCAUUUGCAUAAUCAUCAAUCAGUGAAUUAGUAUUGGCUUAGUGUAGACUAAGCUUUAUUUAAAGGGGAGAGCUUUAUGGCUUCUUCUCACAGUAAAAAAAAAGCAUAAUUUUUAUGGAAGUAAAUUAUGCACAGUAACAGGAGUAGUUUCCAGUGCCGUGGCUCCAAAUGUUGAUGUUUUAUUUCCUUUUAAACUCCCUUGACAGAAUAAGAGGGUUUUUUUAAUGUAAUUCCAAACAUUAAUUAUACAGUAAAACAUUUAUGACAACUGCACUAGUGAAUAAUAAGCUUGAUGUUGUAACUGGGAUAUGUCUGGUUUUGCCUCAGUUGCAGUUUCAAUAAGUUGUAUUGCAUGCAAUCUUGAAUUUUGCAGUUGCAUGACCCUUUAUACCUUACAAGUGACUGGCAUCUAAUUUCUCCUUACAGUAAUACUAAAACAUCAUUAAGAUUGUGAGAAUAAAGAAAAUGGUCACAAAGCAAAGAAGCUUUGAUUGCAAAAUAAAUUCUCCUUAUUAGUUCUAAAGGAAAUAUAUAGAAAAUAGUAUCAAGAAUAUGGAUACUGUUGUUAGGAUGAAAGGGUUUAAUAACUCAUUUGAUAUGAAUUUUGUUAUAUCUCAGGUGAAAAAACCCUGGUAUUUUUUUUUAGUGGAAAUUAUUAGGUUAAGGUUAGGGUCUGGGUUUGACCAUUGGAUAUAUUAAAGUUUUAUCAGGAAAAUAUUCAAGUUAGAAGAUUUUUUUUUUUUACCUCUCAGGUAAAAGGCAAGGGGUUGAUAAAUUCUUUUAUUUUUUGGAACAACUUUUACUAGAAUUCACUUUGGUUUGCACAUUAAAAAUAAAAAGUGAAUAGUUUUUCCUUUCAUGAACUGUGAUGGGUAUUUGAGUUAUAUGCUCUUUAACCAAAAGCAGUGACCAGUGAGUGUUUGAAGAUGAGUAGACCUAAUUUGAGAAUCACAGGAGAUUUUUCAAUACCUUUACAGUCUUGAUGAUGGCGAUGAAAGUGGCCAAAGAACUUCGCCUAGAAGGUACACAAUGUGGAUGACUGCUCUAGAAAUAAAUACACUAAACAACCAUGGAAAAGGCUUUGUAAUUACUUUCUGAAAGUAGUAGCUAUGCUUCUCUUGAUAUCUUUUAAACAAAUACACACUGCAUGUGGUCUAGAGGCAUUUUUGUUAUCCAACUGCACUAAGCAGAGUUCAAUAAUACUCAAAUUGAGUACAAAUAUCCUGCUUUAGGAUGUACCACAUUGGUGAAUGGUGCUUUUUGUGCACAUUGAUUGGUUGGUUCAGAAGUGAUUAGCAAAUACUAUUCACCUACAAGCAGAUGGAGAGACAAAAUUGUGCAUCAACAAUUUAAUUUCUGAUCAUUUUUAUUACACUGACAAGAAAUUAACUAAUUUUUUGGUUUCUGUGUAGUACGUACUAAAAUUAUUAUUCUUUUCAGUGUCAUUGAUAGUGGUGGAUAUUUCCAGCCUGUACCUUGCCACUUUGUGGCUUGGUAAAUAUCCACUACUUUUCACCUACUUUUCAGGGAAUAAUUGUUAAAUAUGGUCAUUUGUAGGGCACAACUUGCAAAAAUACGUAAUGAGAGUACACACCUGAAUGUCUAAUAAGUUAAAUGUACAUUAACAACCCUUCCUCUUGCCUCAGAAUUUUAUUAUUACUUUCCUGUCAAGAGGCAGGUGUAGAUGGUUAUAAUUAUUGUUGAUAGCUUUCUCAACAGAUGAUAGUACAUUGAUGGGGCUCCAAGCUGAACAUUUUUUAAAAGCCUUUGUUUUGUGGCCCAAUGUCAUAAAAUGGUUGUAAAUGUGGUCAAUUUUUGUGUUAUGAAUUGUAAUCACCAAUAUUCUUCCUAUUUCAGUAAGAGUAUAACACAUAGUCUGAAAUCAAAAAUAAGGGAUUUGAGUCCAUCAAGGAGAGCAACACUACCUAAUGCUAAACCAGAGAGAAAAGGAAGCAAAGCUGGGGAUAAAGUCAGAAAAUCACCGGUAAGUACUUGCUUUCUUGUACUGUGCUAUCUCACCUGUUUUAUUUUGUUAUAAUUAUUAUGUACGGUAACUCUCAUAGUGCUUAAUCAAGUUAAAUUUUUCUUCCAGAAGUCACCUGGUAAUUGGCUUCCUGCUUCAUUCAAUCAGGUAGAGAUGUGUUGAUUGUUAUUUGAUGGAAGUUUGGUCAAAUUAGAUAGAGGGGUUUGUCACUCAGUGAGUUCUCAUUGAACUGAACUUGAAAUUUGUAAUAUUAUUUUUUUUUUAUGGGGAAGGGGGUCAUGAUUGUAUCUGAGUUCAAAUGAUUUUUGGGAGUGCUCAAGCCCAGAUGGCACGUUUUAUUAUUAUUACAGACUGUAUUAUAUUAUUGUUUUUCUAUAACUGUCCUAUUAUUGCUGUAUCACAUCACUUUACCUUUGUAGAUUUUUUCUAGUUAUAAGACAAAAUGUGGAGACUUCAAAAGAUUAUUUAAAGAACUUCCUGAAAGUGAGCAAUUGAUUGUAGGUAAGUCAUUGUCAUCACAGUGUUUAAAGCAUACAAUUUGACGCACAUUGGGUGAAGUUGAACCUCAUCUAAUUUCUGUGACAGAGAAUUAAAUCAUAUAGUCACUAGAGUUUGAUGUACAGGAUAAACUUCUUGCAAGAUGGCCCCCAUGUUGCAGGACCAUAGUUUUUGUUAAUAAAGGUAAAGAUUGAAAGACCUGGUGAGAGAUUGAACACUUUACUUUUACAUGAAAAUUUGGAAAAUGUUAUUUGUAAACAAGAGCAACAAUAAAGAUAUAAAAAGAGAUUUAAAUGCCUCACAUAGGAAAAGAUCCUUUUGAAUGAUGCAAUCUGUUUUGCAAAAUAUUACUUGAAUUUGAAUUGUCCCAAAAUUGAGUAUGAUUGAUAACUUUUCUCUGUCAGAGUAAUUAUGUCUGUACCUGGGUGUCCUUGUUAGUUACAGCCAACAUUUUCUAGGUGUUAACCUUCAGCACUGACAGCUGAACUGGAUAAAACUUUGACUUGUAGUUCGCUUACAUGCAUUCAGUCUUUGUAUCCUAUUAGUUAGGACUACACCUAUAUGUACAUGUAGUAGUGUAGAACUUUGAAAUAAUAUUUCUAAUAAAAGGACUUUGGACUCUGGUAUUCCUACAAAGUGUUAUUUUGUCCUUGUUCUUGGUAGCUUUGUCCAUUUAUUUUAACAUUUAAACCUGCUCAAAUGUUCAUUAUACAUUACAAAUAAGAGUGGUUACUUUUUCCACUUGUGUCAUGUAAAGACAGAAAAACAUAGCUUUCUUUUUCAAUAGUUAGUAUUAAUCUUUUUUUUUUGUUUUGUUUUUCACAGAUUAUUCUUGUGCAUUGCAGAGAGAUAUUUUAGUUCAUGGCCGCCUCUAUAUCUCACAAAACUGGCUCUGUUUCUAUGCCAAUAUCUUUGGUUGGGAAACAUUUGUAAGUGCUUUGUUUCAUUAAGUUUAAGUUAUAUGCAAUUUGACUCAGUGUUCCUAUUGAUUGCCUCACAAUUUCUCAAUGAACAUGGGCUUUGUAGCAUGAUGAUCUUUGUUUACAAAGAUUUUCCCCACUUGUAUCUGAUGACAAACCUCUAAAUUUUUUCUGCCACAGAAAUGAUGUACCUCAGAAUGCAUUUUUAUGUGACAAGUUAUUUUUUCACUGGUUGAAAUUAAAGAUAUGUGGCACUGAAUCAAACAAGUUUUCUUUUGGUUAGAAAAGCACAGAAUUAUUCACUGAGUGAGUGACUCAUUUGCAUUCAGAGUCACCAUAAAAGCUUGUUUCUACACUUCGGGUGUCAACAAGUUAAAAAAGGAGGAGGAGUGGUGAAGAAACACUUGAAAACUACCACUCAUUCAAAUGCUCAAUGAUGUUACCUGUAAGGAAUAAGAAACCUUCCAAGAUGGAACCUUUUGAAAAAAUCAACAAAGACUUCAGACUCUAACAACCAAUUUGAGUGUAUUUGGAGUGAUUGCUAUAUUAAUUGAUCAACUUUGGUCAAGUUGGAAUUGGAUGUUUGUUUUUGGGCUGGUACUUCAAUUUGUUUGGAUCAAUUUCCCAGAGCUUGACUUGUGGCCUCUCUGAGUGAUGAGUUUUAAAUGUGUCUGAAUACUUUCUGUGUAUCCCAAUGUAGGUGACCAUUCAGUGUAAGGAUAUAACUAGUAUAAAGAAGGAAAAAACUGCGCUGGUUAUCCCCAAUGCAGUUCAAGUUUUUACAGAGUCUGAAAAGGUAAAGCAAAGGAAACACUUAGUUUAAAAUAGUUUUAUUAUGAACUCAAUCUACCAGAUUGAAACCGUUUUCUUUCCCUGUCAUGAUUUUUUGAGUCAGAGCAUAAUUUUACUAGUAGCUGGAAAUCACUCCAUUCCAAAUUUGUCACCAUGAAUGGUAACUUACUUCAUCUCAGUUGUCUAGUAGAUAAUUACUUAUUACUCACAUGGUCCUGGUGUGGUGUUUUCCAUUCAGAAUAUUUUGAACAAGGUUCGUAGGUAGUUUUGAAAUAAAAACAGUAUUUGUUAAUGACCUGUUUUUGUGUUUUCAAUUCAUAGUAUUUUUUUGCUUCACUGAUAUCAAGAGAUACAACUUACACUGUGUUAUUUAGGAUUUGGCAAAAUGCACUUUUAGAUCAGGUUUGUGACCUUUAUAUUACUUAGCACAUAUUUUACCUUUAUCCAAUGGACUUGCUCCAUUACUUAUGUAUGUAUCUUGGUGGAUCAUUUCAGCCCAUGACCCCAUCAGAACUUAUCCAGCUAGUUGGAAAGUACUCAGAAGGAAGAGAAGACAGUUCUGAGAAUGAUGAUUCAGAUGAUGAUAAUGAAAAACGUGGGGUGUUUGAAGACUCUGUAAGUGAGGAUGAUGUUGAAGGUGAAAUACCCUCAGACAGUUUAUCUUCUCAUAGUCAAAGCCAGAGCUCUCUAGGAACUGAAAAUGGACCAGGAAAUCAGGUAUGUUGUGGGUAUGAUGUAAAAGCCCUGACAGAAGAGUGUUUGUGUGUGUCUGAGGGAAAGGAGGGGGGAGGGGGGCAGAAUGGUGGUACUUGGGUGUUCUACUUACUGAUUGUUGAAAAUACAGUUACAGCUAAUUUGCUAAGUCAUAGAUUUAGUGGGUGACAGUGUGUGGCCCCCAUAAUGUCUUUAUUUUGCAGUAUGAUGUAAACCCAUCUGAUGCUGUCCUAAGAUAUGUUGCUUAAAACUGUUGAGUAAAAUCUGUGGCAUUUGCACAAAGCAAUAUGUCUGUAAAGAAAAAUGGAAGAAGAAAACCCUAGUGCUUACCAAACUAUUUUGACAGAACAAAAUGGUCAUUAUUCCUUAUAAAUCUAGUGGUCUACAAGUAUUGAAGCUGAUUUGUUGUUACCCAGUUACUUGUCAGUGAAAGUAUCCCUUACAGUUACUCUACCCAAUUUACAAAAAACUUGGUGAGGAUAAUAACUAGAUGCCUUGACCACUCAGUUAGUUAUCUACUUACCGAGUCUCCUGGAAGAGUUUAUCUUAGAGUAAGGGAUACUUACAUACAUUAUGUGCAAUUUGUAUAACAAUCUAUAUACACAUACAUGUUUAAAGUGUAUGUGUGAUCCCAACUGUUGAAAUUGUACAGAGUGCAUACAUGGAAACAGUAAAGAUGCCUUUUGAUUUUUAGUAUCUUUAAAACACCUUGACACAAAGUUAGUGUCUUCCCAUUGCAUCAGACAAUGCAUCAUGCAAUGCUUGUCCAACAAUCACAAUUUUUUUUUGAUCAAGUCAUGUGUGUCAAGAAGUUAACACAUGCAACUCUUCCCCAUUAGACUAUACCCAGCAAGGAAGGUGAAAGAGCACCAAAAGUGGCUAUCACCCCACCUUCUCCAGGGGCAUCAUCAUCACCAGGACAGGACUCAGGCCAGUUUCCAGCCUCUGAAGAUAGGAAGAGCUCCAAUGAGGCCAUAACAGGUAGUCAUCCCCAGUCCAGAAUAUUAUCUCCUCAUCUACAACUUAAAAAUUGGAUGAGGUCUCCUGGUGUUAAAAAAAGAAAGGUGGAUGUGGAAGAUUCUGCCGAGACAAAGGAAAAGAAAGACCUGAGCAGUGAUCUGGAAGAAGAGGGUACAGCAUCUGAUAACCAUGAAGAUGAACUGGAAGAACGUAGGAAAUACAGCACUUGUGAUACUAAUAAUCACAAUAAUUAUACUGACGAUAACAAAUAACAUUCCCAGUAAUUUUAAUUCUAAUUAUUAUUUAUUUGAUAGCAAGAAGUUUGCAAAUUUGCAAUGCAACUUUGUUAAAAGUAAUCAUUCAGCUGCUGUUAAAAAUUAACCCUUCUUUAUGAUGUGCACCAGCUAUUUUGCAUGGCUUUUCCUUUUUUUUUCUUUUUUAAAAUAUUAUCACAAAAUGUCACUUUCCACUAAAGUACAUCAGCCCAUCUUGAGUUCAAACAUUGGUUAUGCAGGAGAAGUAUCUAAUUCUUAUAUAUUUGUGGUAUAUUCUCUAUUUAGAAAAAUUAGGUAAAAAUAGUCAAAGUGAGUGUUUAGUUUUAUGGCAGGACACAAAUAACAUGUCAGACUGACAUGCAUGGAGUGUCUCUCUUCAGGAUUUGAUUGACAGCAAAUCUGAGAUUUUGAUUAGCAUCAAACUAUGCUUGGAUUGGUCUCAAUCAUGAAAUAAUCUUCUUGCCAAGACUUCAAAUUUUCAGAAAAUUAUUUUAAAGUUGCUAGAUGGGAGAAUGAAUUCCGAGCUAGAAAAUAAAGAGUUAAGUUGCUUUAAGUUGUGAGAUGGUUUUUUUAAAAUUAAAUUAAAUGUAUUUUUCCACUAGUCCCAGUGAGUUGUAUGUGUGAGGCUCAUCUCAGCAAAGAGUUUUUUAACGAGGUAUGUAGUACAAACUUCAGGGCACAUUGAUGUUAACAAGUUUUUUUAAGCACUACAAUCUGUAAACCAGCUGAUUUGGAAAUUAUUUAACCUAACAUGUGUUAUAAGUACAACAUAGUCAUAAUCUAAGGAAUAGUCUUGCAUGUAAAGGAUUUAUGGACUCAAACCAGUGGUUCAAGAAUCAUAUUUUCAGAUUUUCUUGUUUCUUUGUCUUUGUUUGCAGGAGUUUCCUGUUAGCGUAGAUACGCUGUUUGAAUUCCUGUUCACAGAGUCUGACUUCUACAAAAGAGUACAAAAGGAAAGACGAACAAAAGGUGUGUAUAGAUGAACUCUUUACACCCUAACAUCAAUAUGCGUUUAUUCUCCCAACUGUUCUCUAUAAAUUUCCAAAUGUGCUGACGAGGAGAAUUUGUGUAACAAUCACGAACUUCUGGUCGAUGAUCAUUUCCUUUCUUCUCAAGACCUUAAUGUGUAAUUCAGGGUUGAUAUUGUAGGGAGAAAUUAAAAACCGGUCACUUUUAAGGGUCACUCUUUACCUGUUGUUUUCAUCGUAGUUCAUUUAUUUGAAGUAACACUUUCCUUACCGAAGAAAAAAAUAAGCAAGUUGACGCCCACUCUUUUCUUUGAAAGUUACGCAAGUCCAUUUAGGGAGUUUCAUAACGAUUUUUCGAGUCAUUUAUUUAGUUACGAGAAACUCAACUAGCUUCAACUUGAUUGACCAGAUAAUAUCACUGAGGUGGACAGAAUAGAAAACUGAACGCACGCAGCUGUAAAUAAAGAAACAACAAGGCUGGAUAAUGAAAACUGGUUGUCGGUUGUUCUGAAGUAGAUUUGCGACAAGUAAUAAGUUACUUCGCCGCAAUCGGAGAAGAUUAGUGUUCAACUUUAUGUCUUUGAAAUAUACAAAUCUGUCUUCCGGGCUCGAAAAUUGAUUUGUCAAAGCUUGCAUAAGGGACGCCGAUGUUACUUUGUAUACUUCACGGUUCCCGCGGAAAUGAGGCACAAAAAUGAGCUAUGAAUUACAAACAAAACGCAGUGCUGCUUACGUGUCUUACAACAUCUACACGUGUGUCAAGUGUGUGUAAUUCUUGGAAAUUACACACGUGCUGCGUGCAAAUUCCACGGGUAGUUGUCUCUUUUUGUUAUGUUUUUUUUAUCUCCUUGAAUUCUGUAUGAUUUCUUGUACACUCUGUAGAUCUGGUGUUUAACCCAUGGGAGGUAACAGACGAUGGUCAGAGAAGAACACUCACUUAUACAGUGUCACUAAACCACGCAAUUGGACCCAAAUUUUCGCCAACAACGGAAUAUCAGGUGAGCUUGGAGAUGAUUAUAUGUCACUUACCAGGGGUUGUUUUCACAAGUUUUCAUUUUCCAAGAAUACUAUUAGAACUCAUUUGCAUGACGAAUUUGAUUGUAGUUACAUUUUAAAAGGGAGAAAUAAAUAGAUUCAAGCUUGGCUUCCAUUGGUAGUCUUCUGCGCACUCAUUGUGUCGUAUGUCAUACAACGCGUAUGACGUUACAAAAUGGAUGCGAAGGGGACUAAGUUUCUACUUAAUCUUCUAGAAAUGUUUAGACGACAAAUUGCGGAGUAAAUGAUGGCGAUAUUGAUGGACAGAGUUAAGCUCUGUCCGAUGAAUCAGGGACGCUAUGAAAGUUUGAAGGAAUCACUCUCCAUGUCGUCGUCUUCAUUAAUGUUAACUUGUAUUGUGAUCCUCAGCAUUGCUUACCAGGAAGUAGUCCGGGAAAGCUGUACGUUGUACAAGCUGAGGUUUGUGCUCCUCUACUGUUUGACCAGAAACUGUAGUAACCCUUUGAUUAGCAUCUCAUUUCACCCCUGAAUCACAUACUAAGGUCUCAAGAAUGAGCGAAAUGAUCACCUACUAAAAAUUCUCUUGAUUUUUAAACAAGUUCUCCUUGUCGACAACUUAGGAGAUGUAUAGAGAACAGUAUGGAGAAUAUGCACUAUGAUACUGACGUUAGGGUAUUAAGGGUUGAUAACAUCUUUCACCGAAGCCAUGUUAGGUUCUUGUAUAUGUUUUUUUUUUCCUUUUAGCGCAUGGGUAGAACGGUUGGUGAUGGUUAUAAUAAAUUUUUCGUUAACUUCUGACUGAAACGAGCGAUUGUAAACAGUUUUAUUAAAGAGCUUACAAAAGAUGUAUUAUUUUCCGAAUAUGUGAGAAAGUUACUAGGUACUUUUUGAUCUUCACGACAAAAUAAAGUUCCAAAAGUAAUCACUGAUUGAUUUUGCACAACCUUUUCAACCAAUCGCCUGCAAAAAGGAAUAUAAAAAAAAAACAAACCAAAAUAGCACAAUUUGUGUUGUCCGUUGUCUCUGUUUGAUAUUUUCCUUUAUUUUUUUAUCGUAGCUGUGACAAUUUUUUAUUUUUGUUUUUGUUGUUGUUGUUUUUUUGACAGCAGUUGAUUGGAUCAGGUAUUUUAGCCAAAACUUCGUAUUUUUGAAUGUCUCGUUUGAUUUUCAGGUAAAAAACGAUGGUAUUCCUUACGGCGAUAGUUUUAGUGUUCAUUACAGAUAUUGUAUCACUCGCACUUCAUCUAUGGCCAGCAGAUUAAGGUACAAUUCCAUAGCAUCGCAUUUUGUAUCCCGUAUCUUUAUUAUCAGAUCGCUGGUAAAGUGAUGCUUUAAUUUGAUUAAUAAUAAUCAUUGUUACAUGGAAUUUAUAGAAUCUUGUGUUUGUUUAUGCAUGACUAGUUUGUGAAUCUUGCUCAACAAUAUUGAUUGUGUGACGCGGAGUGAUCGAAUGAUAGGUGGCGUGAUGCCAUGAACACAUCCUACGCAUAUUAAAGUUUCGUUCCGGUUAGCAGCUGCUCAAACGUAUACCUGUUUCAGUAGUAGUCUAAUUAAUUUAUCUUUAACCUACUGCUCUGCAUUGGAGGAAAAGCGCAAGAAACACUGAUUUAUGAGUGAAAAUUGCUCGAGUGUGUGCAUGAAAUUUGCUCAAGUGUGUGACGUAAAAUGAUCAGCCGAUAUGUAGCGGUAUGGCCUCAUUUCGGUGUUACCACAUACACGACACGUUCCCAAACGGCUUGAUGGAAUUUUUUCCGGUUAGCAAACCUGCUUCAACUUUACCGCAAUCAUUUCUAUUUGUUGUCCACUUUGGUGAACUAAAGGAAAAGCUUUGGAGGCAUUGAAAAAAAUAAAAUUCAUGAUGAUUCUCAAAAGUUGUGAUGUUUAAACAGGUCUGGUACACUUUGUAUGAAAUGAUGCCACAUUUGACGACUGAUAGGACUCCAUGUUUCAUGUCCUGUUUGUUUUGUUGAUGUUCUAUUUUUUGAAUUUACCACAGAAUAUCAGCCGAAGUCAACUACCAGAAGUCAGUAUGGGGAUUUGUUAGAAGUGAGUAUGCGUGAAAUUCUUUAAUCGUUAGACAUGUUUGUAUCUUGUGGUUGUAUUUGAGUGAACUAAUUUACAGUACGUAAUAUUGGACUCAGCUAGGCUAAUUAAGGUUACUUUGUCGUUAACCGUAUGUUUCUCGUCCCAUUUGGUUCCAAAACUUAACGAGAAAAAGAACUACGACCAACAUUGGCAUUCUGUUCCUUUGUUUUUUCGUGGACAUGUUGCCCUCUUGGCUUCAAAUUAGCUAUCUAUCUUCAUCGUUGGAUUAAAAGAGCCGUGAGUGUUUGCACGACUUUCAUCAAUUAUUGUAGACUUAUAAAGCCAAACAAAGCCAUUCUUCUCGCUGAGGCAGUUAACAUUUCACCUCGCGUUAUUAGAAGAACUUGGGUUACAUCAGGAAAAUGGUUUGCCUCGACCGGUUUUGCCCACGAGACUUAGUAUUUGUGGUCAGCAGUUCGUUUUUGUUCAAGUAUCGCGCAAAAUUUUCAUAAUCAAAUAGUGCUUGAUUUACUUCGUCUAAAGGGUACAAAAAGAAAUUAUUUGAGUAUCAAAAUUCCGUCUUUUUGUAUAAUUACUUACUUGGAAAUCAUUCGUAAAUCUCAGUUCUUUCUCUUUGCAUGAUUACUUAUUUGGAGUACAACCUCUGAUCAUGAUCAAUUAGAUGACUGCUUUAGUAAUUGUAUUGUUGUCCGACAAGCUCAUUCAAAUUUUGAAAGUCUUGAAAAACCUGAUCGUGGUAGUGCAUUUUUAAACUUUCGAAGAGAAAAAAAUCAAUAAAGGGAUAUAAAGGAGAUGUAUUCGAAAUGGGAAACUGACAUGAAGAUCUUCAAACCGCUGGAGUAUCGAACUGCAUAUGUGGUAGAAUCUCUUCGGCUUUAUUCGCCAUCUGUCCGGUUCUCGCUGUGAAUGCAUACACGAAUUCUGUUGUGGAGUCGAAAUAAUGUAUAAUUUAUGACACCCAGCAAAACAGUCGCAGUACUUUUAUUGUUGUGUUCAUGAAAUAUUUAUUGUAUGGGUCGCACGGAGGGUUUUAAUUGGUAGAUGGUUAUUUUCUUAGUGAGAUUAUGUCUGUGUUGUAUGAUUGUGUGUCGUGCUUGUAAAUUGGUCCCCGUGUUUAGAAAAGAUUCUUGUAAAUUCAGCCCCAUGAACCAGUUGCAACAAUCAGCCAUUCCAAUCCGAGGUUGUGGAUUAAGGGUUUGGAUACAUGUUAUUUUUUUCCAAAGUAGUUUGAAUGUGUGCUUUUAAAUUCUUCGUAAAUUUCGUUCGUAACCCUUCACCGAUAGGAUUAGGUAGACAACAUUCAUUAUGUAACUCAGCUCACUGAGGUUUUGGUAAUUUCCAAGGUCACACUGUUUUGAAAGUAGAUUCUCCCAACAUGUAUUGACUAGCGUGCAAAUCUAUUAGUUUUGAGAGAUUGGCUUUUUACAGGGAAGGAUGUAUUCCCGCUCUGCACUGGCGAGUGUAAAAAGCCAAUAGUACGAAAUAAUGUUUCAAGGCAAGUUCAUUAAUUCCAAGAUUAAGCUGAUUUCCAUAGAGUAAUGCUGCAACAUCAAAUCCUUGCAAUACCAUCAAUAUAGUUUGGAUUCUAGUAAGAUGGUGUCAAGCUGGCGUAAAAAAAUAAUAUCAAAACUAAACAUGUUAGAGCAAUUUUUCCUUGAAUUUUCAUCCUCAAAUCACAGUUCUUGUAAUAUUCUAUAAAACGACCAACCCAAACUUAAGCUGUUUUAUUUGGAUUGUCCUUUAACUUGGAUAAAAUUUUGUUUACAGCGGAUUUCUUAAAAAUCAAAUUUUAACGCCGUGUUGUUAAUUUUGAUGUUAGUUCCGAUGAUUUAGCUAAAACCUGUGACGUAUUCUGUACUUGAGGUUACUGGGAUGACGUGAAAUUUCUACAUUGAAAAGAAAAUUGGUUUUGUACGAGUUCUAAUCUCGGGAAUUCGAAUAUUUUUCUCAAAUCUUCGUCGACGCUCUCGUGUAUUUCAGACUCCAGUCAUCCAAUUAGAUAACAGUUCGGAUGCUGAACCGUUUGUCGAGUGUUGUCAAGUUGGUAGGGAGGUCAUCUUGUAACGCGAGGACAAUAAUUGCGGGCUCAGGCCUCAAACACUAGCACUUGUUGGUUGAUCAUAUGUCCUUCCCUGUUCUCAUGGGAGCUACCGCUGUACAGGAACUAACCAUAAACAGUUUUGCGUUUUGCGUUAUAGAUAUGAUAGAGAAGAAUGCAUUGGAAGGUCUUGAAGGUUACUUCAAAUUUUUAGGUAAGCUGCUAUCUUUUGCAUAUAAAAAUUUCUUCUCUUCAUAGGAAGUCUUGAAAAAUGCGAUUGUAUGAUGGCUUGCUACGUUUCUAAACGAUGUAAUGAGUAGUUAUGGCGUUUUAUCGUCAUAGCUGAGUGGACGAGACAAAUUAGAUAACUCGGAGCAAGAAUGAUCAAUGAUAAUAAAUCGAACUCGUGAUUUGUUACAAGCUAUAGGCCUUGAAAUCUUUCUUGACCACAUUGGGGGGGUCAAACAUUAUGGCCUUUAGGGAGGUUCUUCUCACAGCAAUAAAGCCUAGAGGUUGUGGAAGACUGGCUUGUUUAACCAUUCGGUUUGUUCUGGUCACGACACUUCUUUCAAUAGGAGUUCUUUAGAGGACAAUUAUUUGACCGCUACUGUUUCGACUGAUCGACAUCUCUCGUAUGCAAAUAUCUUACCAUCUCUGGGAAUGAAAACAAUGUUAUUUCAUUGAGUGCCGUUUUUUUUUAUCGAAACAAUGAAGUUAUUAUCGAGUAGCGAGGGGGGGGUGGUGAAGUGCUAUUGAUAUCACCAUUCUUCCUUCCCUGGCACUUCUCUUCCCCUUUUCUCAAUAAACUCGUACAACAUACCUCACGUGAUGUCGGUUUUUUUUCUCAUUUGGGCAGUGGAGAGUCUGAGAAGAGAAACUACAGAAGGACACUGGCCUAAGAAAAGGAAGACAUCGCCAACCAGGAGACAUAAGAGGAACCGUAGUAUUAAGAGCAAGGAAUCAAUGGAAACAGCCACGGAGAAGACUGAGCGUAAGUUCCGCCGGAAGCAAGAGUGAUUUAGUCAGGUUGUCGGAAGUGAUUAAACCGGAAAUAUAUCAGACUCCUCCUGUGACAUCUUGUUCUCGAAACCCACGUGAAUCUAGUCAUACUGAAUAUGAAUCUUGUCUUUCACUUAAUCUGAUCAGCAGACUGAAACAGUUUUAGUAAUGUGUUUGUUUUAAUCAGUUUGGAAAUUCAAAUUCGGUUGAUCAACAUGAUUGUGUGAAAUAAGGUAGCUUGUGACAAGAAGGUCUCUCGUAGAUGACACCUAGGUUUAUUUCUAAUUUGUUGCUGUUUCAGAGGUCCAAACAGGCCUGCUGCAAAGAUUAUGGCCGAAGACAGCAAUAUCUGGCUUGCUAGGGUUAAGGUGGGUGAUUUAAGAAACUCAUUAUUUACAUUUGCAUAAUCUGCGGUUGGCUGGUUGCUGGUUACUGGGCCAGCAACGCAGCUCAUUGUAGUAUAGACUCAUUACGCGUGACAAGAGAAGAUAAUGUUAAUACACGGGAACCCCCCCCUCUCAAAUAAGUCUUGGUCCAAAGGCAUCCCUCUCUGGCUCUGGUUGUCCAUUAUCUCACUUUUUAUUCUUAAGCUUUCAUUUGUUUUUCCUUUUCAUUAAGUCGUUUUAAUCCUUUGAGUGCAGAGGUCUGUUCUUCGCCUUAAAGGUGCCACACGCUUCCUUGAAAAUUAGUUGAGAGAAUUUUGUGUCAAAUGAAAAAGCUUUUUACACCUGUUUGUUGCACAAUAUAAUGAAAAUGUAAGGAGAAGGAACGUGGUAGAAUACUCGGCAUUUUCCUCGAAAAAAUAUUUCGGUACAGAAAAAGUAAAAACGUCAAGUUAUUGUGAUGUACCAGAAAUGGUACGAUAUAAGAGCAGAAUUAUACAGUUUUAUUGUGAGCGUAGCGCUGUUCUCUGGAAACGAUCUAUGACGUAACGGUUUAAGAGUAAAGAUCCUACAAUAGAAAGAAAAAAGCUUUUUUGUAUUUAGGUCUAACGAGGUGUUACGUGCUUCCCUUGACCGGCUUUUUUAUUUGGUUUUAUCAUUGUAACUUGCUUACUCUUUAUUUCACACUUACCAAUGGGAAACGGUAGAAUAUUGUUUUUUUUUUUUUCCCAUAGAUCCUAUGUGCCGGAAGUUGCAGUGAAAAACCCCCUUGCCUUGCUUGUGACAUUACUGUAAGUUGCAAACAUUUUCAUCUUGCAGCUUAAAAGUGGGAAAGAGAAAAGGAACCAAAAAAAAAAAAUAAUAAUAAUAAAGAGAAAAAAAUGAAACAGUCAAAUAUUAUGGCCUUUAAGGAGGUUCUUCUCUCAACAAUGAAGCCCUGAGGCUGUGGGAGACCGGCUUGUUAAACCAUUCGGUUUGUUCAGGUCACGACACUUCUUUCAAUAGGAGUUCUUUUAGGGGGCAAUUAUUUGACCGCUACCGUUUCGAAUGAUCGACGUCUCUCAUAUGCAAAUGUAUUACCAUCUCGUGGCUCUGGGAAUGAAAACAAUGUCAUUUCAUUGAGUGCCGUUUCUUAUCGAAACAAUGAAGAUUUUGUCAAACAGCAACAAUUCAUAAAGUAGCGAGAAAAGUUAUUCCAUUUAUAUACGCUAUUCUUAAGAGGGAGUUCGCGAAUCAUGUCCGAAGAUUCUUUUGAAAGCGCUUGUUCCAUUCACGAAGUGUGGUGUUUUCGUAACAAGGCACUGUGAGUUCUUAACAAGUUCAUCUUGUUUAUUUUGAUUAUACUCCUGAAUAACGAUAUGCUUAAUAUUAAUUUGCUACUCAAACGGCGGUUUACAACCUGGUAUUCAAAUAUGGACGAAACUUCGAAGAAAUAUUAUUUUGUCGAUUAUCAAACAAAGGAACAUUUAGAUAUCACCUGGUUCUAAAAGUUCCGCAUUUCUUUGUGUAGAAGGACGCGUGUAGUAGUUAGUAUAAGUUUAAUUUUCUUGUUCGUCGUUAAGUCGUCCGUCAGGAGGCAUUUUUCCAGUUUACAAGAUACUCGAAUAAUUUCUUGGUUCUCGUCAUUCCUUGUCUUCCGCUUUGCAUGCACAGCUGAUUAUUUCUACUUCAAUCAGUGAUAGUAAUUGUUGUUACUUCGAUCGCAAAUUCGAAACCGUUAUCGUUGCAUCACUGAAAAACGAGAAAGACAAUUCCUUGUGUAUGCGGUAGUUAAGGCAGCUUCGUUUACUUUUUUCAGAAUCCACCAAUUUUUCUUUGCUCACCGGGCAGUCGUGGAUUGUUUGACAAUUUCCGCUUCAGCCUUGCUUUUAAUAUCUUGGAUAACUAGCUCUACUCUUUACAGUUAAAAUGUUUUGAAAUUAGCGAAGUUAACAUUUCAAUUUUGCAUUGUUUCGACAAAUUAAAGCGAAACUCGCAGACGGGCCGUGACCGAAAUGAAUGUGUGAUGUUUAACUGGCAUAGCUCUAGAAACAAGCUAACGUAAGCUUAGUAGCUUCUGUUUUUAAUUUUUAGAAGUUUAGUCCAUCAUAAAGAUCUAGCAAGGGGUAAUAUUUCGGACAGGCCACGAUCUUCUUGGAAAAAUUUAAUUAGCUUUGAAAUAGAUGGGCGCUAGAAGCUAAUGAAUGGUCAUUUGUCAAGUAUUUUGACAAGGACGCCUUUUGGAGUUAUGUAUUCAGUUUUAAAAAUGGCGUUGAAACCUACAGCGCUUUUUGUUAUGUACAUCUUGUCUUUAUUUCGGUAAUGCGCUUGAAUUUUGAAAGCACGAAGGUACAGAAGUCUAUUAUUACCGCAAACAUCUGACUCGGUGCCUUGAAGCAGUAGCAAACGCGGAGCGCCGACUGUUGUUUAUAUCCACUCGUAGGACAAACGAUUUGCUGUUGUGCGAGAUAACCACUAAAUAUACUCUUUUAAUUUGGUAUAAGGGAUCCUAAAAAAAGAAAAAGAAAAAGGAACGAGAAUUUUGUGGGUGAUGAGAACUGACACGGAUUUCAAAUGAAUAACUUGAAAAAUUUAGGCAUAACUUUUCAAGAUGAACAGACUUUGACGUAGGUUUGUUAAUCCCUGGCUUAUAAGAAUACGAACGAUAAACGACUGUCAUCAAAUUUAACACCAGCGUAAUAGUUGUUAUACCAAUUUGGAUGUGGCCGACUUGUUUUCACAAGAACGACUGCAUUCAUCCUUUAACAAAUGACGUGUAAACCCCUUGUAAUCCGUGCCGCUGUAGCUGGUCACUCUACAGAACGACUGCAGUCAUCCUUUAACAAAUAACGUGUAAACCCCUUGUAAUCCGUGCCACUGCAGUUGAUCAAUCUACAGAACGACUGCAGUCAUCCUUUAACAAAUAACGUGUAAACCCCUUGUAAACCGCGUCGUCAUUUUGUAUUACGUGGGGUGUACAUCAUAAACGGACCUACAUAUCGAUGAUUUGAGUAAUUUACCUUCAGCUGGAGUGACACCUCGGUACACGUUUGUCCAUGUAGAAAAGCACCGAAAUGGCGGUAACAUGCUAAAGGAUGAUUAAGAAGACUGACACAGGUUGCAAAUUCCAAAUUGGAAUAAUUUAGUACACUUGAAUUACACAAUAUCGACAAACCACACUGUAAGUUCGAAGCAUGUCAUAACUGAUUUAUUUAAUAUGUUAGUUUUUUCGGGAAAUAGUCGAAGUUAAUCACUGAUGUUUUUCCUUCUCAGGCUUGGGGCAUUGCUUUUUUUGAACUUGGUUCUCGUGUACAGAUUGUUUUUACUUGAACGUGCGACUCAAACAGGAAUUUACUGGGAUGGUAGCAUCAAGUGAGUUUGUUAGAAUUCAUCCAACCGCUCCAUUUUCUCGCUGCAAACUCUGCUGUUUAGAUUUAGAAGUAUAACCUUUUUCCACUAUUUAACUGUUUUAUCUGGAUGUUUGUGAUUUACUUACCACAAUGUCUUCAUGAACUUUGACGCUGAGUGUAACUUUCCUUGCAACUAAUUCAUUUCAUUGUAGUUUAGGCUUAGUUAGGGUCAGAAUUUGCCAAGUAGCGCGAUUGAAGUUUGAGGUGCAUUCUGAUCUAAUACUCUUCUCUGAGCCUGGGGUUUUAACCUCUAGUUUACUGUUAAGAACAGCGUAACGUCAGUAAGUCGAUUGAAAAUCCCAGAAGAUUUUUGUUGGGUUCUGUUAAUUGUCAGGAAAUAUAAUAUUAUUGUCACUAUAAUACUGUUUGCUUUUGUUAGGGAUUUCCCUGCAGAUGCCAAGAAGUGGGCAGAACUUCUCCAACAACAGAAACAUAUCCAAGAGAUAGAAAUGAAAAGGUGAUUUAGUCCAUGACUAGCUGUUAGUAGCCUAGUUAUACUAUUCCUUGGUGUGACUCAGAUUUAGAAUGACGUGAGGUGUUAAAUCUGUUGUUAGUAGCGAAUCCUAGUGGGACUGUUUUCAAUUGUUAAUCUUCUAUGGAAGGUACUGUUUUAGUGCUAACAAAGUGGUAACUUUUUGGUUAACCUAUUCUAUAAUUUCCUUCUCGUUAAGUUUGCUUUCUUUUUUUUCCUUAAGGUGGCGAGAAGUCCUUGCCUCAUCAAUUCAACUUGUGAACCAGGUAUUGUUUCAUGUCCUGUCGUAAGAGUAAUCCCAAUGAAGAGAGACUAAAGUUAUGAUAUUGGGCAGCAUGCGCUGAUGGAAAAAUCCUCCUAAAUUGCGGAAGAGAUAUCGAUUUUUAUCUGUAUUCUUCUAUAACCAAUUGGCAGUUUAGGCACUCGUGAACAAAAGAUUACGUAACUUAGGCGCAGAAGUUUUCGACACCCCUCCCCCUCCCUUCCCUGAGCCCCUUCCGUCAGUCCUAUAGGGUGGGUGGACGUUGAUGCUCAAUAAGCUUGUCCGAACGAUAUAAGUCGAAAAAUCUCCACUAAUAUUCAAGGUUUUUUUUCUUCGUAGGUCCAACAAUCACUGGACACUCUAAAGGAAGAUCUAGACAGAGAGCAUACUACUUCUCCCGCAAGACCCUAGUGAAGAGUACGCAGCAUUUUACUUAUGUCAGAGACGAAAGGUUUGCUGUAAAAGAGGAAGGGUCUGGUACGAGACACAUCGAUUGGCGGAACUGUGCGUGGAAGAGUUUCAAGAAGGCUUUGCUGAGUCAAAAAAAUAGUCUUCUCCACUUAGCCGUUAAUAUUUUGGCAAUCCCCAAAACAAAUUAUCUUUUCGGAAAGGAAAUGAAUACAAAUUAUUUCUAUUUUUCUCUAAUAUUGUUUUAGUAUUUUCGGACAAAAACGGUACGUUGGUUAUACAUUUGUUUUCCGGUUAAACCGCGUUAUUUGCACCGUAAGUUCUUCUGUAGAUCAGCUUGAACGGGUGACUUUCUCAUCCCUCUAACCCUCAAAAUUGUAAAUAUGGUACAAGGAAUUAACGUUUCAAUGCAUUCGCCAAGAAAGCAAUUUACAAACGAAAACCUAGCCAUGUUGUGUCUGUAGCAUUCACUGACGGUGUGGUACGAAACCACAUUUAUUUACAAUUCACAAGGUAUUCCAUUCUUUAAUGGUUUUUAAACAUAACAAAAAAGAAAGUAUAGGUAAUGGGAAAAUCUGUACACACCUCCAAGAGAAAAAAAGGCAUUCAAUGCUGUCAACGUUUAUUUUCUCAGUUCUGUUAAAGUCGUAAAUGAAAAAUGUAGUCCCCUUUCCUUAAAGGUCAAUUAACAAAGAAUAGUAGAACCUUGCCAACUUAGAGUUAGCGGGGUUCUACUGUAUAUGCGUUUUUAUAUGACUUCCUUGUUUUCUGAUCUGCAAAACAGGACACACGCACCAAAACAUAGUCAGUCAGUCAAUCAAUCAAUCAAUCAGUUUAUUAACGUCAGGACGUAGGUUAGGGUUGUCCUUACACCAUCCGAGCCAGAGGCUCUUGUAUAAAACGCAUCAUCGAGAUCAUAGGACGCAAUUCAACGUUAUUCGAAGACAGAUUUGACCAUCGACAUAAAAAAAUAGAGGCGUUGAUUUUAAGGUGGCUGGAAACAGUUUUUCGAGUCAACUACCGACUAUAUUUAAAGCGCUCAAAUACCAACUCGCCCUCUUCACAAUUGAACCAAUUUAACACGUGUUUUGACCAUAGUAUUAAAGUUUGAAAUAGUAGGUGUGGCAUGGUAAUCACUAUUAUUAUGCUAGUGUUAUGGGGAAGUCCCGUAAGAUUUCUGGGGACUCAGAAAACUGUUUCUAGCCACCUUAAUCCAGUUUAAAUUAUGUAAGCUUUGCAAGUAAAAGAAAAUCGUAUCAUAUUGACACAAGAAAAUGCGUAUGUAAGUUACUGUUCAGAAAUUAGAAAGUGUAAUUCGAGGAAAAGUUAAUUAUACAUACCUCUGAGGUUUUUGAAUAAACAUACAUUAUAGAAAUAACUGCGAAAUGAUUU